AUGUCUGGAGAGAGGAAACAGGAGGACGAUUACGAGGAUAUCACGUUGUGCCAUCGAAUGACCAUCUGCCAUCCUCUGAUACGAAACAUAAUCAUAACAGAGCCCGUCUUCAAGUAUCUGGGCCGAAGCUUGACCUGGGCUAAGUUGUUCCAGGUCACGACUGUCGUGAUGAUGACGUCGUUGGGUUGGGCGAUAUUGUACUUCAUCCUGGGAGACACCAUGUUACCCACCAACGAUGGCUUUGGUCUAUUCGUCCUCGCCAUAUUUUCUUCCUGCCUCGGUAGUUGGCUGCCAUUGAUCCCCUACCUCAAUCUUCCACCUGUUUUCGGGAUGCUAGUCGCUGGCCUGAUCGUUCGUAAUAGCGGGCUUUACAACAUCCACGAAGAACUCGGCGAAGUGACUACCUCUAAGAUCAGAACCUUCUGUCUCACGUUUAUCAUGAUAAGAGCUGGACUUCAGCUGUCGACCACUAGCCUCAAGGAACAUCCGAUCUUCAUACUGAUCUUGGCCAUCGUUCCUUGCUCGAUCGAGAUGCUCGUCCUAGCGAUUUACUGCAAGUACAUUCUGUCGUAUCACUGGGAUUGGUCCAUCAUGACUGGAACGAUACUCAGCUGCAUGUCGCCAGUGGUGACCGUGAACUGUCUGCUAGCUUUGGCCGAACAAGGUUACGGCGAAAAUAAAGGUCUUACGACGAUUCUCUGCACUGCUGCUUGUAUCGACAACGUGCACAUCGUUUCCCUGUUUGCUGUGUGUUACUCGAUCGUCUUUGCCAAAGAUGGCAAAGCCAUGUAUUGGCAUUACAUAUACGUCGGUCUUCGAGAUUCGAUACUGGGCAUGCUGGCAGGAACUUUCCUCGGUAUUUGUUUCGUAUUCUUCCCUCAUCGUAGUCACAAAUACAUAAGCUGGUAUCGCAUAACCUGCUUGGUCCUCGGCUCUUUAACAUGUACCACAGCGACCGCAAAAUUGACAGUCUCCGGUGCAGGAUACUUAGCCACCUUGGUUAUGUCGUUCGUCAGCAUAAUCGGCUGGAGGAUUUUGUCGGCUUCCUUCGAUACGACGACCUUUCGCCAAGCUGCGUUUCUGCUUUGGCAGAUAGUACAACCAAUUUUGGUCGGAGUAAUCGGUGCAGACAUUGAACUCACGCAUUGGUCCUUAUCCAGAUUCGGACUUCACUUGUCGUGCAUUUUGAUGGGACUGCUGGGACGAAGCGUGGCCGCUUAUUUGACGAUGAUGCGAACCCCAUUCACGUGGAAAGAACGACUGUUCGUGGUGGUAUGUUGGUUACCAAAAGGCACCAUACAGGCAGCUUUGGGACCGAUGGCAUACGAACAUUUGCGGAGCAAUGAGAACAAGUUGGAGGAUAUUAACGUGGCUUUGGACAUCGUGAGAAUAUCGGUAAUUACUAUUUUAUUCCUAGCACCGAUUGGGUCCAGUUUGAUCACCUUCACCGGCCCUGUUCUCCUCGAGCAAACUACCGUCGAGCAACGACAAAGAGCUCGCGAGUUGAGCUAUUUGCGAACCCUCUCCCUUCUACCAACGCUGGACCCAAACAUCGACGGAGAUCGUGAUGCCGAGUAG